GUAAAUCAUAAGAAUUGCUUGCAAAAAAACUGAUUAUUGAAAUCGAUUAACUUCUAACGAGGUAGUCGAAAAGAUUGUCAGGCUUAAAUGAUGGAGAAGUAGAUUGCGCUUGCGAAUCACUUUUGACAACGAUCUGUGUAAUAAAUUAAAAGAAAACUUAAAAGCAGCAAAGACCGUAAACGCAUGAGAAGGAAAAAACUCAUGCGGUCUUUGUACGAAAGAGGAAGAAAUAGCUACAUAGAAAACUAUAAAUUUAUCUAUUUUAGUAACAUACGCAAAUUCAAAAUUUUUUUGAAUGUGUUAGAGAGUCCCUUAUAUUGUUCUUGCUGGGUUUAGCAAAAUUCGUUGUGUUUGAUAGCGACUAAUACCUAUCGGUUAUCGUGUUUCUUCUAUUUUCUCUAUUGCAACUUGUAAAGAACGGCCGCAUUGGAUUUACGAAAUUAUUUGGAAAGAGUUUAUAGAAAAUAAAAUAUACUCCAAGUAAUAAAUCUCCUUUCAAGCAGUGCAAUGGCGGACAUGAAAUCUGUUUUCCACGAAUGGUGCUCAAAAAAUAAAGUGGAACCGAAAUUCAACGUUCGACCUACCGGGCCCAAGCAUCGCCAAAGAUUUUUAUGUGAAGUACGUGUACCAAAUUAUCCUUACGUAGCUGCUGGUAAUUCUACCAACAAAAAAGAUGCUGAGCGCAAUGCCGCUCGUGAUUUUAUGAGUUUUUUAGUGCGCACCGGAAAAGUGAAUGCGUCUGAUAUACCAGCAGAUGCAGGUAUCGCAGCUAUAGCACCGACACCUAGUGUGGGCAAUGGCAAUGAAAGAUAUGGUUCGGAAAGCAAGUUCUUCGACGGUGGUUUGGGACCUCAAGAUUUGGGUCAGGCUUACCGGCCUAUUGAGCGCGAAAUCAAUCCUGUUGAUAGAGCCCGUGAACAAUUGGAAAUGAAAGAAGCCGAAUCGGUGGAUGUAAAUGCUGCAAUACACGGUAACUGGACAAUUGAGAAUGCUAAAGCAAAACUACAUCAAUUCAUGCAGAUGAACAAGAUAACUGCAGAUUAUAAAUACACACCAGUUGGACCAGAUCAUGCAAGGAGUUUCAUGGCUGAAAUGCAUAUCUUUGUACGUGAACUAAAACGUACCAUAACGGCACGUGAGACCGGCUCUAACAAGCAAUCAGCCAGUAAAUCAUGCGCUCUGUCCUUAGUUCGACAGCUUUACCAUUUGGGUGUAAUUGAGGCUUUUAGUGGUACACUGAAGCAAAAAAAAGAUGACGCGGACAUGAAACCCUAUCCAGUAAAGAUAUCACCCGACCUCAUGCAAAAAGUAGAACAAUGCAUACGCGAUCUUGAUCUUCCCGUUAUUAAUCCACAUAAUAUAAAACCGGAAAACGAGAAUAUUGGAGUUAGCUUGCUUGUUCCAACCAACAAAGAUUCCAGACGCAUAGGCCACGACGAUGCCUCUCAGAUGCAGGGGUCUGUUAUACCUUGGGCUCCACCACAACCCAAUUGGAAUGCAUGGAGUGCAUGCAACAUUGAUGAAGGUUAUUUGGCCACAGCCACUUUGGAUGAUCUUUGUGAAGAUUUAGAAGCCACGUCCAAGGAGAAGAAAAUUAAUAACAUGGAACUACAAAAAUUCAUUGAAUUCCGUGAGGUUCUCCCAAUUGCCGCUAUGCGUAAUGAAAUUAUGUCAAGUAUACACGACCAUCCAGUAGUUAUUAUACGCGGUAACACUGGCUGUGGUAAGACCACACAAAUCGCACAAUAUAUAUUGGAAGACUACAUUGCAUCCGGUCAAGGCGCUUUCUGUAAUAUAUAUGUAACACAACCACGUCGUAUUUCCGCAAUUUCAGUUGCAGAACGUGUUGCUGCUGAACGUUGUGAAAAUCUUGGCGAAUCUGUUGGUUAUUCCGUGCGCUUCGAAACUGUAACACCACGUCCGUAUGGCGCCAUUCUUUUCUGUACUGUUGGUGUGCUAUUGCGCAAGCUUGAGGGCGGCUUACGCGGUAUCUCGCACAUUAUUGUCGAUGAAAUCCACGAACGCGAUGUUAAUAGUGACUUUUUGUUGGUUAUAUUACGUGAUAUGGUGCACACAUAUCCGGAACUACAUAUUAUUCUCAUGUCUGCCACAAUUGAUACUACAUUAUUUUCGGAAUAUUUCGGACGUUGUCCCGUUCUGGAAAUACCUGGACGCGCUUUUCCAGUACAACAAUUCUUCUUGGAAGAUUGCCUCGAAAUGACCAAGUUUAUGCCCACACCCGAAUCGCGUAAGAAAAAUAAAGAUCGCGAUGAUGAAGAGAAAGCAGUAAUUGCUGAAAAUAGCGAAGAUGCCAAUGAUCAAAAUUUGAAUAAAGUUUGCGAUGCCAAGUAUGCGCCGGCAACCAAAACAGCAAUGGCUUUGUUAUCGGAGUCUGAGUGUUCAUUUGAGUUAAUUGAAGCCCUAUUGGCGCAUAUUAAAUCGAAGAAUAUACCUGGGGCUGUGCUGAUCUUUUUGCCUGGCUGGAAUUUGAUUUUCGCCUUAAUGAAAUACUUACAGAAUUCCCAGUUUGGUGGCCCACAGUAUCGCAUUUUGCCUUGUCACUCUCAAAUUCCCCGUGAGGAUCAGCGAAAAGUAUUUGAAACAGUACCAGAUGGUGUAACAAAGAUCAUAUUGUCCACUAAUAUCGCCGAAACCUCUAUAACCAUCGACGAUAUUGUAUUUGUCAUUGAUAUCUGCAAGGCACGCAUGAAGAUGUUUACCUCGCACAACAAUCUCACCAGUUAUGCCACGGUCUGGGCGGCCCGAUCGAAUUUGGAGCAACGUAAAGGUCGUGCUGGCCGCGUACGUCCAGGUUUCUGUUUUACUCUUUGCUCACGCGCACGUUUUGAAAAACUCGAGGAAAGUAUGACACCAGAAAUAUUCCGUACACCACUGCAUGAACUAGCACUCUCCAUUAAAUUACUACGCCUUGGAUCCAUACAUCAGUUCUUGUCAAAAGCAUUAGAGCCGCCACCACUUGAUGCCGUAAUUGAGGCUGAGGUACUACUGCGUGAUAUGCGUUGUUUGGAUGACAAUGAUGAGUUGACUCCGCUAGGUCGCAUUUUGGCCCGCUUACCCAUCGAACCGAGACUCGGUAAAAUGCUUAUUUUGGGCGCAGUUUUUGGCUGUGCAGAUAUAUUGGGAAACAUGGCUUCAUAUUCAAGUACUUUCUCCGAGAUAUUUGCUUUAGAUAUUGGACAACGACGUUUAGCUAAUCAUCAGAAGCAGUUGGGCGGUCGUAAAUGUUCCGAUCAUGUGGCUAUGAUUGUUGCCACACAAAUGUGGGAAAACGCUAAAAAUCGUGGCGAAGAAGAGGAGAUAAAGUUUUGCGAAUGGAAGGGUCUACAGUUGUCCACCAUGCGUGUGAUGGCAGAAGCGAAAGGGCAGCUUUUGGAUUUGCUACAACAAGCUGGUUUUCCAGAGGAGUCAAUGAUAUCAUACAAAGUGGAUGCGAAUUCGGAGGAUCCCACCUUAGAUAUGGCUACUGCAUUGCUUUGCCUGGGUCUAUAUCCAAAUGUUUGCGUGCAUAAAGAGAAACGCAAGGUUUUGACCACUGAAUCCAAAGCCGCCCUGUUACAUAAGACAUCUGUGAAUUGCAGCAAUCUGGCGGUGACAUUUCCAUAUCCGUUCUUUGUAUUUGGUGAAAAGAUAAGAACCCGCGCUGUGUCAUGCAAACAGUUGACCAUGGUGUCACCAUUACAUUUGUUGCUCUUUGGUAGUCGUAAGGUGGAUUAUAUUAAAGAUAAAAUUGUGCGUUUAGACAAUUGGCUCACUUUUGAAAUGGAUCCUCAACAUGCCGCUUCCUUAGCUGCACUUAAGCCCGCCAUUGAAGAGUUGGUUACAAUUGCGUGCGAUAGGCCAGAUGAAAUUGGACAACUCGAAGCGCCGCAAGCAAAUCUGGUGAAUGUCAUAAAAGAUUUAUGUGUAAUGAAUGCUGGUGACUUUAACUUAACCAGAGAGACAGGUGUUUUACCCUUUCAAUCGCGUCAAGGCGGUGGUGGUCCACCAAAUAAACGUGGACGUUUUGAUGGCGGUAGUGGUGGAGGCGGUGGUUGGAGUCGAGGCGGUGGCGGUGGCGGAAAUUGGAAUUCAAGUGGUAGUAACUGGAACCGUGGUGGUGGAGGUUUUGGCCGUGGUACUGGCCAGUGGGGGCGUUAUGGAGGUGGUGGUGGUAGGGCUAGAUUUUAAAAUUUAACAGCAUUAUUACACCAUUUUCAUUAAUUGCUAAUAAAGAGAAAUGGUAAUCUA